AUAUUUCCUCAGAAAAAACAUUACUUUUUGUUGGACAACAAAAAAUUAUGUGACACACCAUAUCUAAAUAUCUUCAUCCUUUUUUAGUUGUUGUUAAUGUUCUCUCGUCAAAGGACAGUCCAUAUUAUGACGUUACUGGAUCGAAGUUACCGCUUUCAAAUGUCCCUUCUGAUAGUGUAUUAUUCUGUGACCUAACUUUUCUUAACCUAUCUUUUCCAUAUUAACAUAUAAAUAAACAAUCUUGUUAACAAAUUGAAAAAUCAUGAAUCAGUCAUGGUUAAAAUCAAAAAGAAGGAAAAAUAUUCAAAUUUCAAAAACAUAAACGGCCAUCAUUUGAAACUGUAUAUUGACUACAAACCUAUAUCAUUGAAAGUCGUAGUUUUAAAUUCAACCAAAGCCCUAUAUAAAGAGUGUACAGCAUUAGGACUAUUCCUUGGACUGGAUAUAGUAUUUUUAGGUCUAUCUGCUGAGCCCCUCAAUAUUAUUGUAGUUUUAUGUAUAUUUUUAUUAUGCUACAGAAUAUGCAUUACAGCCAUGGAAGAAAAUCUAGUCAUUAUUAAAGGCUUAGGAAUCCACAUUAAAACUAAGUAUAUUGUUGGUUCGAGAACGCUUUUCAUUCCUCAAGAAAAAGUACAAAAUAUUUUCAUCAAUGAAGUCAUUCUUAAAAAUAAAGUUGUUUUUAUGCUCACUCUUUUGAGCAGUGAUGAAAAUACCAAAGAACUCUUGAUUCCCUUAUUCGUGGAGACACUACCACGAUUGGGAAUGUUGACUGUGGUGUAUAGUUUUACGAGAAAGUUUAUUCAAGAAUGUUGAGUGGUAUUUUCAAAUAUGUUAUAUAAUUUCAGACUCAAUUUCAAAAUAGAAUUUAUCAAUUGUAGAUCAUUUUUCAUUAUAAAAUUUAUGUUUUUCAAAAAACUCUAGAGAAUGGUUCAAUUUGGUAUUUGAUUGUGAUGUAGAAAUCACAGAUUCUUUAAUUCAACUAUUUACUAUACCUUUAAGGAUAUUACCAUAAAUAAUUUAACUUCCACACUUAUUUUCCAUGAAGGGAGUUAGAAAAAUCUAUCAACACUUUCGUCACUCCAGAACUGUUUUGGCUUCAUAAGGAAACAAAAGUGUUUUUGUAGGAUUUAUUUUAUGCCAUGAAUUAAAAAUAAUUCAAAAAUAUGGAAUUAG